AUGGCUAUCCUGUCGACCGACUAUCUUGACUUUGCUUUCGUCUCCGAGGACCCGGCACAGAAGGAGCGCAUCAAGGCUAUCUUGUCAAGCGAUUCCGAGGGAAAGAUGAUCGUCAAGAACUUCCCUGCAAACGGCUUCGGACAAAACCAAUUCAUCAUAGUCCCAAAUAGCGAAGUCACAAUCGUUGAUAAUUUCAAGCUCCGAUCAAUACCAAUGGCGACAGACUGCAAGUGCCUUCCCACGACCGUCAAGUCGGUAAUGCCUAUGGGAUGCAUCCGAGACUGCAAGCCACCCCAGGACCGGAGUUUCGGCAAUGGCUAUGACAUGCAUUCAUUCCCGCUCCAUGGAAUGCCAGCCGCGACCGUCAAGGAGCCUCUGUAG